AUGACGACAUACGUCUUCAAUGACAAUGAGUUGGCUUCUUUAAAGGAUAAGACUGUCAUCGUCAUUGGUUGUGCGACGGGGAUCGGCCGUUCCACCAGUCUUCUAGCUCACAAGCAUGGAGCAAAGCUCGCCUUGGGAGAUUGGAAUGAGAGUUUAGGGGGCCAACUGGCAGCAGAGUUGGGACAACGGGUCCUUUUCCGUAAAAGUGAUGUUUCUGUCUGGACCGAUGUUGUCUCACUAUUUGAAGAUGCUUGGAAGCAAUUUGGGCGCAUAGAUGCCGUAGUAUCUAAUGCUGGUGUGAACAAUGAGGAUUUUCUGAGCAGUGUCAUUGACUCGUCUACGGGCAUUUUAUCGCCACCAGACCUCAAGCCGCUCGAGAUCAACCUAAUGGGUAUGAUAUAUGCAGUCAAAUGCGCAGUGCAUUAUUUUGACAGGCAGCCAGAUGCCCGAUAUCAGAUCAUCAUGACUGGGUCAGCAGCAUCGUUUCUGGACACGCCACCGCUGUACUUGUACUGUACGGCCAAGGCAGGUAUCGUUGGGCUUAUGCGCGGUUUGCGAAGUCAACUGAUCAAGAAGAACAUCACGGUCAAUGUCGUUUGUCCAUGGCUCACAGUGACACCCAUGCUUCUGCCCGAAAUGCUGUCUGUCUGGGAUGGGUUACCAUCAAAUCAGCCCGAGGGAGUUGCACGUGCGCUGUUAAUGCCAAUUUGCCGCCAAGAUAUCAACGGCAAAGCCUUCUUUGUUGCUGGGAAUGAGAUAACCGAUUUUGAGGACACACUGGCAGCCACUCAAGGUCAAUGGAUGGGUGAGCACCUCAGUCGCAAUAUCAGUGAGGGGCAGCGAAGGUUGCUACAUUAG